CAAAAGGCAUAUACCUUCCGUGCUCGCCCGCUCUCUCGCUUGCUUGCAUUCCCUUCCUUCUUGCUCCAAAAUUCGCCAGCCGCGACGGUCUAUCCCACCUCAUUGGAUCUCGGCCCGCCGGCCGGAUGCUCAGGAAUUCACUUCAGAAGCCCAUUUGCACUAUGCCCUACACAAACUGUUUGAAGAAACAUCCCACGAGACUCGUCUUUCCAUAUGCAAAUGCCAUCAUCCGGGCAUCUUUGGAGAAAGGCUCCCCACAGAAGUCACUGAUGGACUAUAGAACUAUGCUCCAUUUUACCGCAUUCUGCCCUGAUCACAGAACCUAUGCUCUCCUCCUCAGGGCUUGUUCGAAAUGUUCAGACAUCUAUGCUGCCAUGCAAAUUCAUUCACAUCUCACUAAAACUGGGUUAAGUAAGCAAGAUAUUAUUGCUCCACUUUUGAGGUUGUAUAUUGAUCAUGAUCGCAUGACGGAAGCACGCGAGCUAUUUUUGCCCAUGCUUGAGUGGAGUACUGAUCCUUUCCAUGGUAAUCUGAUGCUCACGGGAUUCUUGAAGGGUGGACAGCUAGACAAGGCAUAUCAGAUUUUCAAGAGGAUGCCUGUCAAGGACCUGGUCUCAUGGAAUUCAAUGAUUGCGGGUGCAGUAAGGAGCUCCCACCUAAAAGAUGCAAUGAAUCUUUUCAGCAGAUUGGUCAAUUCUGCCCUUGUCCCUGACGGUUUCUCAUUCUCUUCAGUCCUGUCAGCUUGUGCUCGAGCUGGUGCCCGCUCUUAUGGUGUGUGGGUUCAUCAGCUGAUGGAUGAACUGGGGGUGGAAAAGAAUCACAUUUUAGUGUCAGCACUGAUUGAUAUGUAUGCUAAAUGUGGAAGGAUUGAUGUAUCAGUUGACAUAUUCAACACAGUUAAGAGAAACCACGUGUCCACAUGGAAUACAAUGAUUGGUAGCUUGGCAGCUCAUGGUCUUGGAUCCAAUGUGGUGAUACUGUUCCACAGGAUGGAACAUGCAGGUGUGGUUCCUGAUGGGGUUACAUUCGUUGCACUAUUGGCAGCAUGCAGCCAUUGUGGCAUGGUUGAAGAGGCUCGUCAAUACUUUGAAGCAAUGACUAUGAAGUAUCAUAUCACUCCAAAGGUUGAACACUAUGGUGCAAUGGUGGAUACAUUGUCACGAGCUGGGCUGCUGGAUGAAGCAUACAACUUGGUGAGCUCAAUGGCCGUGAAACCUGAUGCUGUGAUAUGGAGGGCAUUGCUUAGUGCUUGCCGUAGGUAUCAUCAAACCAAAUUUGGUGAUGUUACUAUUGAACAGAUAGCAUGCCAGGGCAGUGGUGAUUAUACCCUUCUUUCAAAUAUCUACUCAUCAAUAAACAGGUGGGAUGAUUCAGAGGAAGUAUGGAAAGAGAGGAAGAAAAGGAAAGUACGGAAGAUAAAGGGCUUGAGUUGGGUUGAAUUAGGGGGAAGCACCCAUGAAUUCAAAGCUGGGGACCGGUCCCAUCCUGAUUCUGAUGAUAUUUACCGAGUGCUGCAUGGUUUAUCAGAAAAAGCGAAGGUUGAAGGCUAUACUCCAUCCAUUGAGUUAGUAACAAAAGAUGUCUCUCCGGAGGAAAGAGAAGAAAACCUCAGCUUCCACAGUGAGAAGCUUGCAGUAGCUUAUAGUGUCCUUAAGACUGGUCCAGGGACAGAAAUAUUUGUGUCAAAAAAUCUGCAGACAUGCGGUGACUGUCAUGAAUGGAUCAAAAUAAUCUCGAAGGUGCUUUGUCGUGUUAUAAUUAUGAGGGAUAGGGUCCGAUUUCACCGCUUUGAAAGUGGGUGCUGCUCCUGUAAAGAUUACUGGUGAGCCCUUGAUGGAGCAACACAGAAGUGAUUUGUAUAUCAUCAUACCAGCGGUUUUGUUGGAAGCUAUCAAUGUACCUAAAUAAUAUGGUCAUCAUGGUUUUUAAGGCGAUGCCUUGGCGCCUUAAGGAGGGAGGGCGCUUUGGCGCCUAGGCAGGCGCUUUGGACGCCUAGGCGCCUAAAGCGGCCGUUUUUACAAAGCGGAGGGGGGGCGCCUUGGCGCCUAGGCGUCGCCUAGGCGACGACUAAGCGAUGCUUUUUAAACCAUGAUGGUCAUUUUCUAUUUGGAAGCUUGGAGCUUAGGUGGUGCACAUCAAUGAGCCAAGGACAAAAUAUAAGCCCCGGAAGACGUUGUUAUCAGUUUGGCUGUGAAAUUGGUAAUAGUGGAAAUAAGGGUAUGCUGACACAGAAAUACGCAUUGUGUAUCAUACACUCUCAGCAUAUGUGGUCUAUUGAUAGACACACUUCUACAGAAGUAUAAUCUGCGAGCUGUGGGAUCAAGAUAGAGAGACUCUCUGCUGGAUUUGUGUUUUCUCUGAUUUAUUCGGGUUUCUCAUGGCUUUGUAUGUGUUUCGUAGAAAAUUGGCACCAUAGUAUUGUCUGGUCUGCUAUUAUUUUUUUGGACACAUACUCGCAGUUUUAUUUUUGGAGGUUUACUUGUGCGGACAUUGCAUGGCGUGAUAUAUAUCUAAUGACUUCAUCAUUACUAUUUGGUUACA